AUGAGAUUUCGUCGAGUUUCUAUACGGCAGGUAUUGCUGCUGCUGGUGCCGCUGGUCUCUUUCACAUUCUUUGCCCUACGCGUUACCACAUUCGGUUCAUACGUGGUCCAAACCACAGCGAGGCGAUUCGCCCAACCUAGAGACCAAGUCCCUCUGAACACAAGUAGUCCUCUUGACCUUGCGUUGAGCGAAAGCGAAGAAGCACCUGCCGACGAGCCAGAAGGGGAGGAGGAGACCGCCGAAGAUGCGAAGAGUCGGUGGAAGGAAAAAGUGCCUGACAAGCCGCGGCUCUACGAUUACCGUGAGCUAUUCUCAAGAACCACGCGCGACAGGAAAUACUUUCCUAUCCAUUUCGGUUCCGAGACGGCAUACAAUCCAAACAUCAUCCCUCACCCAACCAAGCAUGAGAUGUGGAUCGUUGUCGCACAACAUGAACAGACGUAUGAAGACAUUGAAUCAUCUCAACAACUGACUUGUACUGCUGGGUUCCUGAACGGGGUACUGCUCUGCGCCGAUGAGCCGACGGUUCUGCCCAUAGCCAAGUCAGUCACAGGCCACUGCGAUGGCGACCUGGCUUACAUCAAUUUUCGGCAUGGUCCACGAGACGCCCGAAUGUUCAUGGGACCGACUGCGCCAUACAUCGUUUAUGGCUCUCAAUCGGGUCACACCUGCCUUGGAUUAUGGUUACAAGAUACACGCAUGCUUCUCGAGGAGUUCAAGCUCGAACGACAUGUCCUUGUCGAGUUCUUCAAGCAAGCCACCGAAAUCCAACGGCCGUUGCCCUGGAAGGCCAUCGAGAAGAACUUCUUCAUCUUUUGGGACGCUGACGGCAAGGCAUACGCGCACUACGAUCUGUGGCCUCUUCGCAGCUUUGCUCAGAUAGACGCAGAUGGGUCGGUCGCUGGUGCUGACCUCGCCCCGGCCGCGGAAGCCAAUGAUCUGAUCUGCAUGGCCAGAUACAUGCCCGAGGUGGCAUCGAAGCUAGAGUCCAUACACCAGGCAACGAACUCGAUAUCCAUCACGCUGUGCCGCCGCAAAGAUCCUGGCUGCACUGCUACUGAUGACAACACCUUCAUCAUGCACAUAUUCCACCACAAGACCUAUUAUGACUUUCACGGCGUAUAUGAGCCUUAUAUCAUGCUCUUCCGCCGAAGAGCUCCUUUCGAGCUCUAUGCCAUUUCAACGCGACCCUUCUGGAUUCAUGGCAGGGCUGCUCUUACCAGUCAGAGUGGUUCCAUGCAAUUCAAGGAUCGCGAGGAAUGGAUUCCUGAGGGGCACACAGAGUUCUUCUACAUAGUCAGUAUGAGUUGGAUGUCACAUGGACAGAAGUACCAUGGAUACCUUGACGAUAAGAUGAUGUUGUCGUUUGGCAUAGAAGACACUCGGUCGGGAGCCAUGGAUGUGCUUGCGGCUGAUCUGGUACAGGAUCUUGGGCUAUGUUGA